AUCGACGCAAGGCUUUACCAUUGGCAGUUCCCCGUGGGAUGAGAGCUGUCGGAACAAGCGCAAAGCAGCGUCGACUACGCUUAGCAAAGGCAUGAUGAAGAAUUACUACAACAUGUUUGACCUCGAGUCGUACUGUAUUGCACGAGACCUGCAGCGAGACAGCAAAGCCGGGGAGGUGGAAGUCAGCAUCCGGCCGUACAUCCAGCGAUACGCACUCAACACGACACUCACACUCUGCUACGGCAUUCGCAUGGACGCCGUGUACGACGACUUGCUGCGCGAGAUCCUCGAAGUCGGCUCUGCGAUCUCGCUGUUGCGCUCCGCAUCCGAGAACUACCAGGACUACGUCCCUAUCCUGCGGUACCUGCCCAACAACGAGAAGAACCGGCGCUCCAAAGAGCUGCGUGAGCGCCGCGAUAAGUACCUCAACCUGCUGCUCGACAAGGUCCGCGACAUGAUUGCCAACGGAACCGAGAAACCAUGCAUCAGCGCCGCCAUCCUCAAAGACGAGGAAACAAGACUCACCGGCGUAGAAGUCAGCUCCAUCUGCCUGUCGCUGGUAUCCGGCGGCUUCGAAACCAUCCCGGGGACCCUCGUCUCGUGCAUCGGGUCGCUGUGCACGCGCGAAGGCCAGGUCUUCCAGGACCGGGCGUAUGCCGAAAUCCGCAAGAUGUAUCCGCACGACGACGACUUGAAGAAGGCGUGGGCCACCGACUUUGAGGCCGAGGAGAUUCCCUAUCUCAGUGCUAUUGUCAAGGAAGCUGGCCGCUACUACACUGUCAGUAAUAUGAGUUUGCCGCGGAAAACAAUGAGUGAUGUGCGCUGGGGCGACGCCGUGAUACCCAAAGGCACCAUGGUGUUGAUUAAUGCUCAAGCUGGGAAUCACGAUACCGAUUACUGGGGCCCGGAUGCCGCAACAUUCAAUCCGGAGCGCUGGCUCACAUCCCCCGUUGACUCGUCGUCUCCAUAUACCUCAACGCCUCAUGCGAACCCGCCCCAUCUUUCUUUCGGCGCGGGCUCCAGAUCUUGUCCUGGCGCACUCAUAGCAACAAAGCUCAUCUACUGCGCCCUGUUCCGCCUGCUCAGUCUGUACAGAAUCGAGGCUAGUGCCACGCAUCCGCCCAACACGGAUUACAUCGACUACAACGCCAUCAAGAGUGCGCUCGUGGCGAUUCCGCGUGACUUUGCUGUGCGCCUGCGCCCGAGAUCGGGGGAGGAUAUCGUGAGUGCUGUACUACGCGAGGGCGAGCAGCGAACGGCGGAGUUUUACAAGGAGUAAGUGGGGUUGGGUGAAGGUUGCUGUUUACCGGUUUUCCCAAGCGAGUUUGAUACUGAGGCAUUGCUUGUUCAAACACGUGAGUUAUUGCAUGUGGCAGAUGUUUGGAGGACGCAAUGGGCUGCUGCAAACAUGGCGAUGUAGUUGAAAUAUGGCCUUUUCUCCGUUAUGGCUGUGGUGGGAGGAAGUUGUAUAUGAUCUCUGGUUUUAUAUAUAAAAGCGC